UGGGAGGUUCUCCGUACCGCUGGAGACAUCUCGUUAACCCUCCGUCGUCCCUCCGCAGUGGAAAAAUGGCGCUGACCCUUCUACAAAAGGUACAAGUAUGUCUCUUCAAGGCGGUCAUGGGAGUCUUCUUCGCGGUGUUUCGGCUCUUCUCCCCUCAGAGAUCCGUUAUGUCCGGGAAGAAGCUGCCGCCGGUCAGCAACCCGCUGCUGCUCCUGUCAGCGACGCAGCUCGCCAAGAAGAUCCGGCGUAAAGAGGUGUCGAGUGUGGAGGUGGUGCAAGCUUACAUUGACAGGAUCCAGGAAGUCAACCCUCUUCUGAACGCUGUUGUAAAAGACAGGUUUGAUGCUGCACUCCAGGAGGCGGCCCAGGUGGACAAGCUGAUUGAGGAGGAGACUGGAGGAGAGGAGGUGCUGGAGGACCGGCUGCCGUUACUGGGAGUCCCACUCUCUGUCAAAGAGUGCUUCGCCCUCCAGGGCAUGCCGAACACUGCAGGUUUGCUGUCCAGGCGAGGAGUCACGGCCACCGUCGACACUCCGUCGGUGGCCCUGCUGAAAAGAGCAGGGGCCAUCCCGCUGGGCGUCACCAACACCAGUGAGCUGUGUAUGUGGUGCGAGUCCCACAACCACCUCUAUGGCAUCACCAGAAACCCGUACGACCUGGAGAGGACACCAGGAGGAAGUUCAGGUGGGGAGGGCAGUAUACUGGGAGCAGCAGGCGCAGUCAUUGGCGUGGGCUCAGACAUCGGUGGCAGCAUCCGAAUGCCCUGUUUCUUCAACGGUAUAUUUGGCCAUAAAACCACUCCCGGUGUCGUGUCGUGUGAGAACCAGUACCCUCCUUACUCUGGCAGACACGAAGAGUACCUCAGCACUGGUCCCAUGUGCCGCUACGCUGAGGACCUGCUGCCCUUGCUCAAUAUCAUGGCAGGACCCAAAGCCCACAUGUUGUCCUUAAACACGAAGGUUGACCUAAAGAAGCUGCGGUUCUUCACCAUCCCUCACGACGGCGGCUCUCUAAUGACGUACCCCGUCAGCAAAGAGCUCAUAGAGAUCCAGAGGAAGGUGGUGGAGCGUCUGGAGGCCGACCUCGGCGUGAAAGUCCAAGAAGUGCGUUUCCCUGAGCUCUGCUACAGCUUCCAGAUCUGGAACACCUACAUGGGUCUUCCUGACAAGGAGGGCAAGCCUCCUCAGGCUUUUGCUGAGCUGUUGGGGGAACCAGGACGACCCGUGCGGCCUCUGUGGGAGCUGCUGAAAUGGAUGGUGGGAAAAUCAGAGCACACCAUGGCUGCUAUUGGUCUGGCCCUGGUGGAGAUGUCUCAAGGGUCCAAACCUUCGACCUCUGUCAUCCAGCAGAAGGACAAGCUGCAGAAGGAGGUGGAGGAGCUGCUGGGGACUGACGGUGUUUUGCUUUACCCCUCACACCCCAGAGUGGCUCCCAAACACCACCACCCGCUCUUCAGACCCUUUGACUUCGCCUACACAGGUAUAAUCAACAUCCUCGGGCUGCCGAUCACACAGUGCCCUCUGGGUCUGGGUGAGGAAGGUCUGCCCCUGGGUGUGCAGGUUAUUGCCGGGAAGCUGCAUGACCAUCUGACCCUCGAGGUGGCUCUGUAUCUGGAGAAGACGUUUGGGGGCUGGAGGGACCCCGGAGCCAACUGAACCCAGCACCAGUACUGAAUCUCCAGACUGGAGCUGGUUGGGUUUGGAGUUGCUGUACUCUUUAUCUGCCUUGCUGCUUGCUGCAGUCAGUCAGAUGGUUGAAUGUUGAAAAGUUUGAUUUUUGCACUAAUGAUUAAUCUGUCAUUCCAAUAAGUCAUGAUUUUAUCUUUUACCCUGUUCAGGUUAUGUCACGAGCACAAGCUUUAACAGUUGUUUUUUUUUUUUUUUUUUAAUAUAAGUAGAAAUAUAUUUCAUCGAGCGUAACUUUCAGAAGGUCAGUACAUGUCAGGUUCGAGGUUUUAAAGGCCCUGCACACCCACACACGAGUUUCUGUUGUAGACUUCUGCUCAUGUUCACACUUGUCUGAUGCUCAGCUUGGAGUUUGUUGAUGUUACCCGACUCCGUCUAUGCUAAAGAAUCAUAAAAGGUGUCAUUUGAGCUGGUGCAACUAAUCUAGAGCGAGGACAAUCGUGUAAGGGAGGACAUGACUGCACAUGCCAGAGGAGGUCCAGUCAGCCACAAUAAUGAAACAUCAUGAAUGUUUAUUUAUUUUACUAGGUAGUAUUGCUUAGAAAACCUUUUGUUGCAGGGUAAUGUUAUUCAUGCCUAAUUGCAGUUAAUCGAUUAUGAUGCCUGUUUUAUGCUGCAACUUAUGAGUUAAUAAAAAAAAAGGAAAUCUU